AUGGAUUGUAUACGUGGUCCAUGUCCCUAUUGUUCAUGGACAAAUUUCACUGUAUUCCCAUGUUCAGCAUCAUGUAAUACUGGUUUUCGAUUACGAACACGUCAAUGUUUGACAGAUGAUGAUAAUAAACCAUGUGGUACAUGUAGUGGUAGUGAUGUUAUAUCUGAACUUUGUACAGAACUACCAGCAUGUCCUGAUUCGUGUCCAAUCAAUAGUCAUAUUGAACGAAAUUAUACAGAUUGUGGUGUUACUUGUCAAAAUCGUGCCGGUAAUUCAACUUGUACAGUACGCUCCGUUAGAUGUGUAUGUGAUGCGGGCUAUUUUCUUGAUUCUAUCGGCGGACAAUGUAUACGAGAAUGUGAUUGUGGUUGUCUCGAUUCUACGUCUGGUUAUCAUCAAUUAAAUCAAGUAUGGAAUGAAACUUGUAGCACAUAUAUAUGUAAUUUUGGAGGUGUUAUUCAAACGAUUGGUACUAUUUGUAAUACUAGUGUGAUACCAACACCGAUCAAUGGGGGUUGGACUGAUUGGCAAAAUCCUACUCCAAUUGUUUGUUCAGCAACUUGGUAUGCAUUUUUUUUCGAAUUGAUUUCUCAUAGAAUGUUUAAUAUAUUUUUUUUUAGUGGCAAUGGUUCACGACCACAAUAUCGUACUUGUACAAAUCCAACACCACAAAAUGGUGGUUCAUAUUGUUCUGGUUCAGGUGUACAAUUAGUUAAUUGUUCCACUAAUAUUACAUGUCCUGAUUCGGAUAUUUGGUCAAGUUGGUCAACAUGGAGUGGAUGUAGUGUAACUUGUGGUAAUGGUACACGUACAGCCUAUCGAAAUUGUACACGAUCAUUAUCUGGUGCAUCUGGUUCGGCUUCUUGUAAUGGAUCAAGUAGUACUGUAACAGCUUGUUAUGCUGGAGCUUGUCCGAUCAAUGGAGCAUGGUCUUUAUAUAGUACUUAUUCAACAUGUUCAUCGAUUUGUUCUCCUGGUUUGAGAGCUAGUCGUCGUGAUUGCGUUAAUCAAACAUCUGGUGGAUUAUCUUGUGUUGGUUAUGGACUACAAUUUCAAAAUUGUUCAGGAUAUAAUGAAUCCUAUCAAUGUGAUGCUAUUGGUUACUGGAGUAAUUGGACAAGUUGGAGUACAUGUUCUGUAUCGUGUGGUAUUGGUUAUCAAUAUCAAACACGAACUUGUCUUGGUGCUGGUUUUGGUUGUGUUGGUGAAGCAAUAAAUACAACAACUUGUAAUACAGGUGUAAUUUGCCCAAUUGAUGGAACUUGGAGUAGUUGGUCUAGUUGGUCUUCAUGUCCAGCAACAUGUGGUACAGCUACAGUAUAUCGAACACGUAAUUGUACUGGUGCAUCUAGUGGUGGUGUUUGCUUGGGUUCAACACUUGACACACAAUUAUGUGAUACAAAUGUUAGUUGCAGCAGAUUUCCGUAUAAUGCAACUAAUGGAGGUUAUAGUGCAUGGUCAAAGUGGGGUCCGUGUUCUAGUACAUGCGGAUCGGGUACACAAAUACAAACAAGAUCAUGUACUAAACCACUGCCAAGCUAUGGUGGUAGUUAUUGUGUUGGAUCUCCUAUUAAUAUUACAUCUUGUAAUUCUACACAACCAUGUCCAAUCAAUGGUAAUUGGUCAACUUGGACAAGUUUUUCAGCCUGUAGUGGUACUUGUGGAAAUGGUGAAAGUUCACGUAUGCGUGUUUGUUCAAAUCCAGCUCCAGCCAAUGGUGGCCAACAAUGUCAAGGAACAUCAGUUGAAAUACAAAAUUGUUCAACUGGUAUUGAUUGCCCUAUUGAUGGAAUCUGGGGAAAUUGGAGUUUAACUACACCAUGUUUUGGUACUUGUGGUAAUGGUAUACAAAUCUAUACACGUAAUUGUACGCCACCAAGUGGUGGUGGUCUUAUGUGUGCAGGUCCUACAAGACGAGAAGAAAUAUGUAAUCUUAACAGACCGUGUCCAAUUGAUGGUGGUUGGAGUGAUUGGAGUAAUUUUACAACAUGUAGUGUUACAUGUGGUAUUGGUGUUUAUUCUCGAAUUCGUGAAUGUAAUAAUCCAGUACCACAAUAUGGUGGAGAUUUAUGUAUUGGUCCACCACUUGAAACAGCUUAUUGUUUAACAAAUGUAUCGUGUCCAAUUGAUGGUGGAUGGACUACUUGGACAAGUUGGUCAAAUUGUUCAUUGAAUUGUUCAGGUGGUAUACAGACACGAACAAGAAAUUGUACAAAUCCAUCACCAGCUUAUAAUGGAGCUCCAUGUGUUGGUUCAAGUUAUCAAUAUCAAACAUGCAAUGAUGAUGUUCCGUGUGUUAUUUUGAUUACAGGUGCUUCAGUUAAUGGAACUUGGAGUAUUUGGACAAGUUGGGCACCAUGUGCAGGUACAUGUGGUAAUGGAACUCAAACAAGAUAUCGUAAUUGUACGGGGCAAUAUAAUGGUGGUUAUCCAUGUGUUGGUUCUACAAUUGAUUUUCAAACAUGUAAUACCAAUGUAACAUGUCCAAUCAAUGGUGGUUGGUCAAAUUUUACAAAUUAUGGACCAUGUUCAGCGACAUGUGGUAAUGGAACACAAGUACGUACACGUAAUUGUAAUAAUCCUGUACCGGCAUUUGGAGGAUCACAAUGUUUUGGUGAUACAAAAGAAACACGAGCAUGUUCAUCAAAUAGACCCUGUCCAAUUGAUGGUGGAUGGUCAUCUUGGACACAAUCAGCAUGUUCAUCAACAUGCGGAGUUGGUUAUCGAAUCCGACAGAGAAAUUGUUCAAAUCCAAAACCACAAUAUGGUGGCACUUAUUGUAUUGGUUCAGCACUUGAUACAAUUCUAUGUAACGCAUCUACUCUUACAUGUCCAGUGAUGGGAACUUGGGGUGCAUGGGUAAAUGCUACAACUUGUUCAGCUUCCUGUGGUUAUGGUAUUCUUAUACGUAAUCGAACAUGUCUUCCAAUUGGUUCGAUUAAUUGUGUUGGUGAUUCAGUUCAAGUUGAAACAUGUGAUUCAGGAGUUAGUUGUGCUACUCCAGCUCCUUGGAAUUCGGUUAGUGGUAAUUGGAGUGAAUGGUCGAGUUGGUCGCCGUGUUCUGUAAGCUGUGGAAAUGGUACUCAGUAUCAAACAAGAGCUUGUAAUACGUCAACUCCUUCGCAAGGUGGAUCGUUAUGUAGAGGCGAUGCUCUAAGAACACAAACUUGCGAUAGUAAUGUUGCUUGUCCAGUUAAUGGUAAUUGGACACAAUGGGGAAGUUAUUCAUCUUGUAGUACUACAUGUGGUGCUGGUAUUCGAACUCGAAUUCGAUAUUGUAAUAAUACAAAUAAUUUUAAUGAACUAUGUAUUGGACAAGCCUUGGAAACAGCAGUAUGUAAUGUCAAUGUUACUUGUCCUACGGCUGGUGUUUGGAAAACUUGGAGUAGUUGGAGUACGUGUAGUGGCAGUUGUGGUACUGGUCUUCAAGUUCGAACACGAACUUGUAAUGUAACAGCUGGAGGUCAACAAUGUUCUGGUUCAUCAUUAGAAGCUCAACAAUGUAAUACAAAUAUAACAUGUCCAAUUGACGGUGGAUGGGGAUCUUGGACAAAUUGGACAGAUUGUUCAUCAGGUUCUUGUACUGCUGGUAGUAGUUAUCGUUUUCGUACAUGUAAUAAUCCUCAACCAUCGGAUGGUGGACAGUUAUGUACGGGAGAUGCAAUGGAAACGAAAGUAUGUUAUGGAUUACUUACGUGUCCCAUAGAUGGUGGUUGGUCAUCAUGGGGUGGAUGGUCAACAUGUUCAUCAACUUGUGCUGGUGGCCGUCGUUAUCGAUAUCGAAAUUGUUCUAAUCCUGUACCAUCGAAUGGUGGUUUGUCAUGUAUUGGAUCAUCAGUUGAAAUUGAUGGUACAUGUGGCAAUUCUACAUGUGGUUCUACUCCUGCUGUUGGAAUUGGUGUAUGGGAAAAUUGGAAUGCAUGGUCAGAAUGUGCAGCUACAUUAGAAUCAUGCAAUUCAUCUAUUAAUUGUCCUGUGGAUGGUGUCUGGGGAACUUGGAGUAGUUAUUCUGAUUGCACUGCUUCAUGUAAUACUGGUACACAAACACGAACACGUCUUUGUAUGAAUCAAUCUGAUGGUGGACAACCAUGUUAUGGUUCCGCAACACAAACAACUUCAUGCAAUACAAAUGUUACUUGUCCAAUUGAUGGACAAUGGACAACAUGGAGUUCACGAAGUCCUUGUUCAGCUACAUGUGGUACUGGAUUUACGGUUCGUACACGUACUUGUACACAAAUAGUACCAACAUUUGGUGGUGUUUCAUGUCCUGGUUCUUCACUACUCUAUGAAACAUGUUCAGCUGCACAGAAUUGUUCAAUCAAUGGUGAAUGGGGUGCAUGGAAACCAUGGUCAUCUUGUACGGCUACUUGUGGUAAAAAUGCAACAAAAUAUACUACUCGAGUUUGUGAUAGUCCAGCUCCACUAUAUGGUGGUAAUGGUUGUACAGGUGUGGCAUUCAAUGUGACGACUUGUACUGAAUUAUCCGAUUGUCCAUCAUGUCAAUCGAACCAAGUAUACACAAGUACAACUCCAACAUCUUGUCCUUCACUUUGUUCAAAUCCAGAUAAUACUACAUGGUGUUUAACAAGCCCAUGGAAACCAAAAUGUUUAUGUCGAUCCCCUUAUGCAUGGGAUGAUUCAACAAAUUCAUGUUCAUUAUGGUGUGAUUGUGGUUGUUAUGGAUCAAAUAAUGAAAAAUAUGCUGUUGGAAGUGUUUGGCAAAAAUAUAAUUGCAGUACAUAUCAAUGUAUGUAUUCAAAUAAUACUGCAGAUGGUUCUCCACAAGCAAUGUUAAUAUCUAAUAAUUGCUCAAAUUGUUCAUAUUUUGGUUGGUCAACAUGGUCAUCAUGUAAUAUAUCAUGUGGUCAAGGUUAUCAGACACGUAGUCGAUCGUGUGUUUAUUUAAAUACUAAUACACCAUGUAAUGCAUGUGGAGGAAAUAAUACUCAAACACAAAUAUGUGAAAAAUCACCUUGUGAAGUGUGUCAACUUGGUCCUUAUGUACCAGCAACUGAAUGUUCACAAACAUGUGGCAAUGGUACUCAAGCAUUAAAUCGAACAUGUUAUAAUAUAGCUGCAUCAAGUUCAUCAGUGCCACAAUUAUGUUCAGUUGCAGGUCUAUGUGAUACGAAUAUAACUACUGUUGGAACAUGUAAUCCAGAUGAAUGUAUCAUUUGUACUUGGUCUACAUGGGUCAAUGGUCGAUGUUCUAUAACAUGUGGUACUGGUUCAUAUGUUCGACAACGUUUUUGUAUUGAUCAAUAUGCUAGAAAUUGUACAACAUGUACUCCUAAUAGUGAUGUAAGUGGCACUCGACCAUGUUUCUAUCCAAGUUGUACAACAGGUCGUCGACGACGUAGUGUUAUGAGUUGGCUGUCUUCAUGGUUUGACGAUUAA